CCGGCCCCCCAACCGCCGCCGCCCCCGGCCUGCCCGUCAGCGAGCGGGCGAGCGGCCUCCGCGCCCGGUCUCCGUGAGGGGGGCGUCCAGCCGGAUCCUGAGCCUCGCGCUCUCGUGUUGCGGCCGACCGCGCCUCCUCGGCCGCCUGCCCGGCAUGAAGACCAAGUUCUGCAACGGGAGCGAGGCGGAGCCCUCGCCGCUCGGGCUGCUGCUGAGCUGCGGCAGCGGCAGCGCGACCCCGGCGCCCGGCGUGGGGCAGCAGCGCGACGCCGCCAGUGACCUCGAGCCCAAGCAGCUGGGCGGGCGGCAGCCGCAGCUCGCGCUGCCCCCGCUGCCGCUGCCCCCGCCGCCGCCGGCCGACGAUCAGCCCGAGCCCAGGACGCGGCGCAGGGCCUAUCUGUGGUGCAAAGAGUUCCUGUCCGGCGCCUGGCGGGGCCUUCGCGAGGACCAGUUCCACAUCAGUGUCAUCAGAGGUGGCCUCAGUAACAUGCUGUUCCAGUGCUCCUUACCCGACACUCUGGCCACCGUUGGUGACGAGCCUCGGAAGGUGCUCCUGCGGCUGUACGGUGCAAUUCUAAAGAUGCGGUCCUGUAAUAAGGAGGGAUCCGAACAAGCUCAGAAAGACAAUGAAUUUCAAGGCGCCGAGGCCAUGGUUCUGGAGAGCGUUAUGUUUGCCAUCCUUGCAGAGAGGUCGCUGGGGCCAAAGCUCUUUGGCAUCUUCCCCCAAGGCCGCCUGGAGCAGUUUAUCCCGAGCCGGCGAUUAGACACUGAAGAAUUAAGUUUGCCAGAUAUUUCUGCAGAAAUAGCUGAGAAAAUGGCCAGAUUUCAUGGUAUGAAAAUGCCAUUCAAUAAGGAACCAAAAUGGCUUUUUGGAACAAUGGAAAAAUACCUGAAUCAAGUGCUGAGAAUUAAAUUUACUGGGGAAUCCAAAGUUAAGCAGCUCCACAAAUUCCUCAGUUACAACCUGCCUUUGGAACUAGAAAACCUGAGAUCAUUACUUGAAUCCACUCCAUCUCCAGUCGUGUUUUGUCACAAUGACUGUCAGGAAGGUAAUAUCUUAUUGCUGGAAGGCAGGGAGAAUUCUGAAAACCAGAAACUGAUGCUCAUCGACUUUGAAUACAGCAGUUACAACUACAGGGGAUUCGACAUUGGGAAUCAUUUCUGUGAAUGGAUGUACGAUUAUAAUUACGAAAAGUACCCUCUUUUCAGAGCAAACAUCCUGAAGUAUCCCACCAGGAAGCAACAGGCAGAAGUAGUCUUGUGGGCACCGCGGUUCAGUAGCUGCUGCAGUGUUCACAGACCCCUUUCCUGUCCUGGGUUAUGCGAGUCCAGUGACUGGAGAAUCAGUCCUGUGGGAAUCUCUCCCCAGGAAGCCCUCUAUUCCAUUCUUCAGCCUCUGCCGAAGCCUUGGGUUGAGGAUGAGUACGUAGUGUUGCAGAAGUUAGCAGGCUGGGGAGAGGGGCACUGCGCCCACCUCUGCCAGCCUUGCAGGGCAGCAGCUCCGCCCACGCUGGGCAGCCCUGCCGCCCGACAUCCCUUCUCCCGGGAUCCCCGCCUGGUCAGAACGUUUCCCAGGGGCCGGGGGUGAGGACGGAUGCAGUCAGUUGCUGCAGUAGCUCACUCAGGAGAGGUUUCUCGAGCACCUGCCUGAGUUGGGCAUGGGGAGAGUCUCCAGCAGGUGGCCACGCUCAGGGGCAGCCGUUCAAAUACAGCCUUGCCGUGUGGCCAGACCUGGGCUGCUCUCUUCUGGCCUUAUUUUCAGGCAGACCUGAUGACCUUGAGCGUGUCCAGAGCAGAGUGACCGGGACGGUUUUGGACCUCAAGUUCAAGCUAUGUGGGUAGGAAGGGUGGGAGAACGUGGGGCUGUUGACCCCAGGGAGGAGAACACAGCAGGCUUCAGGUUCUUGCCAUGCUGAAAAGAAGUUAGACUUUUAUAAACACUGGGCAGGCAGCUCCAGAGAUGAGAACUCUCAAACCAGUGAGGGGAGAUUUUCAGUAAGAAGACAGAUUUCAUUUUAGUGGAAGGCGGCAGAGCUGUGUAACCCCCGACACUGCACAGCAAUGGAAAUGUAAAGAAGCUCCAUUCCUGUUUUCUGAGGUUUUAAAAUCACGUGCAAGUGUUGGUCUCUGUCAGAUACCCUGUCUGUAGCUACUGAGGUAAUCUCACGCUUUUCUGUCUUUAAUCCAUUGAAGUGUUUUAAAAUGUUAAGCAAUACUGAAAUUCCUGAAAUAAACUAUUUGAAUGAGUUAACGUUUUUUUGUAAUGCUCUGUUGGAUCCAGUUAGGCAAUUUCUUAUUUUAGGAGAUUUACAUCUAUGCAUAUAUGUGAAAUAGGACUUUAAUGUUCAUUUAAAAAAGUAUUCAUACCUGCUUUUGGAAUAAAAACUAUACUAGUCUUACAAAAUGAGUUGAGUGUCCCUUUUUAUUUUCUGGAACAAAUUUAUCUAAGAUGGUGUUGUUUGAAAGUUUGGUAGAUUUUGCCCAUAAAACCAUCUGGGCCUAGAACUUUUGGGGGAGGGAGGGUCAUUAAUUACCACUUUCUUAGGGUUUCAGUCUCUUCAGAUUUUCCAUCUUCAUUUGCCACCUUCAGCGUUUAGGGUCUCCCAAGAAAUUAAACCAUCUAGGGUGGUGGUUCAAGCAUGGGUUCUAAAAACUAAUGGGCCUGGAUUUCAAUCCCAGAUCUGCCACUGCUGGUUGUAACGUACUAUUUCUGUGCCUCAGUUUUCUCAUCUGCAAAAAUUAUUUUGUCGUCGUGGGGAGUGUGCCUGUUACACAGAAUUUAAUAGGUAUCAGCAGUCAUCUUUUCUGUGCCAGGUUUACUUCAGAAUCUACGGCCCCCUGCCUAGGACAGUGCUUGAUCUUGAAUGAUGCUUUCUGGUGGAGGAGGGGGCGUAGUGUAAGAGAGCCGACUUCAGAGCAGGAAGAUGGAAGAGGCGACCCAGGGAAAGGGUGGGGAGCGCCUUCCAGCCGGGUAACCAGGUAGCAAGGGUUCUAACAGGGAGAAAGACUGACGGCUGUUUUCUUCUUUACAAAAGCAAACAAGCCGAGGUUGGCUGUGUUCUGCUGCCUUUUGAUGUGGUAUGAAAUAGUGAAGAACAAGGGCUCUCAUAAAUCCUAAUUCAUGUGUAGACUCAACGUGCAGCCUGGUAGAACCUUAGGGUAAACUGUCUUCUCCAAACCAGAAUCAGACACUGCCAGUUUAUGGACAUAAGUGUGGACAUCAUCACAGCAUCUUAGGGGUGGAAGGCCCCUUCGCAGUGCCUGGUCCGGCGCCUGCCCUGAGGCAGCAUCUGCCGACGAGCAUCCGGGUGCCCUGGUGCCUCGUGCCAGCGCCGCGCGGAGCAGCAGCCAGGCUGGGGAGGUGUGGAGUAGGCUGACCCUGCUUUGCGGUCAGUGGAAGACAGGAGUGUGAGUUAGAAGGAACAACUCUACCUAAAUUACUUUCUGCAGAAGCAGUAGUGGUCUUGCCGACAGUAUGGCAUCGAGUCCAUUAGUUCUCUGACUGUAACCCGGUGAACCCAGCCGGGUGGGUGAGCUCCCUGGACCACGCCCCUGGGCAGAGCAGGGUGGCGGGCUUUGCUGACGUCCGGAAGAGUCACGCUUGACGUGUGCACUUCGUGACAGCAUUGACAUCACCUGUUUUUAACCAUCAUUGACCCUAAUGUCAU